AUGACGGAUCACCAGACGAUGGGUGAGCCCGCACGGAAGCGCUCCCGCGUCGCCUGCGUUUCAUGUCAGUCCCGUAAACGUAAAUGUUCAGGAGAUCAGCCAUGUACCACCUGCUGCCAAUUUGGCGUCGAUUGCCACUAUGAUCUGCUAUCCCGCAAGAAAAAAGAUGUCAAAUUGUUCCGGCCCCCGUCUGGCUCCGGCAUUCUCAACGAGACGACUGCCACCUCCAAGUCCCACCAUCAGGACCAGACGCCUGGUGACUUGCUCGCAGUUGACCUGAACUCCCUGGAAGCCAAUUCCGGAGCGGCGUUCGUGCGGAGAUUGGGACUCAAGAUCGACCCAGCCAAUGCACCGAGGCUCCAUAUGUUUGCUUGGAAUGUCGGCGCUCGCCAUGCGCCGCUGCCACCGAUGCCUCCGCCGUCAGCAGCCGUAGCGGUGCCUGUGGUCGACAUUCUCUCUCAGGAUGAGAUGCGAGCCCUGAUCACCAUUUUCUUCGAAAAGGUGGACCCGUGCUACGGAUUUCUGGAUCGUGACAGUGUCCUGCGCCAAGUAAGCAGGAGAUGGUUGCCUUCAUCCAGCGAGUCCGCCCUGUCCUAUGGGCCCUAUGAUGCAGUACUCUGCGGUGUCGCGGCAUUCGGGUACCUGUUCUCGCGUCGACAGGCCAUUCCAACUGAGCUGCAGCUGGUUGAAACGGCUCGACUUAUCUUAGAGCACCACAUGCUCUCGGAGCGUUCGUCCAUCGACAUUGUUACUGGCAUGGUCCUCAGAGUCGCCUACCUGCGCAUGACGGCCUCACCUCAUGCCGCGUGGAUGGCGAGCUGCUCCCUAAUGCAUCUGGUUGAGGCGGCUGGUCUGCACCUCGAACAGCUUCCAGACACGAUCCUCGGCCAAUCUACCGAGCCCUGUGAUCCAGAAACUCGCCGGAGACUAUACGGUAUGGCGCGUCAUCUCAACGUCUGGAUCUCUUUCGAGCUUGGCCGAACCCGAGUCGUUCUACACGGUGCCACAUCGCUUUCACCGACCCCUAGACCUACGGGCUACACGACUGAAAUAUUCAACCUCCUCCCUGUAUCUGAAAGUCUGGAUCCUAAUAAGUCGCAGAACACCUCGGAUCUAGAAUCCGCCCUGAGCGACGUCCUCGACGAUGUCCACGUGCAGCCGACGUUAAUAUUAGCGCAAUGUAAUCUGAUGCUAUGCCUAUACCGCCGUCUGCGCGCUCUGAAUUCCGUCAUCUCCGGCAAGCUGCUGGAUCGUGUCCUCGUACUGGCUAAGAAAGGUCUCCGAGCUUCCCGCGAGAUGGUGGCGGCGGUCUGUCCCUGGCACCAAAUAGCCAAUGUACCUUUCCAGAUAGUCUGCACGUUGCUGGCAAUCGACACUCGCGCGUCGUUGACAUUGCUGAGCGAGGCCAUGCAAACGCUCCGCGAGGUUGCCAUGACCUAUGACACCGAGGUGAUGCGCGAGGCCCACAGCACCGCUUACCUGUUGAUCCUCCUACACCAGCAGCGCAAAGAGGAAGACACAAAAGCACUGCGAGAUGUCCUUCACACAAGCUCCUCUGUCUCUGCUCCGCCGAUCCUGGCCCUAGAACAGCAACCGAUAGCGUCGGAGUCAACGCAUUCCCUGGCGGAUUAUCCGGGGUUCUCGUGGCUGAGUGACAUAUUAAUCGAUCUGCCGGGUCUUCAAAAUUUCGACCUGGAUAAUUUUCUGACAACCGACGUGCCGUUUAAUCAAGAAACGGGGGUCUGA